AUAGGAACACACGAAUACGCGACCACACGUUCACCUCGGCCAUGAUCCACCAACACAGCAGCUCCCUCCCUGAAAUCUCAUUCCCAUGAGCCAUGAAUUUUCACACGGCCAGCUUCUGCGCUUCCGCGGCGAUAGGAGGCCUGCCAACAGCCCCCAAAAUAUCGGCUUCGUUGGCUACUGGUCGCUUUGCCUGCCGCAGUGAGAAAUCUCUGGAGACCUGGACCUUCACUGCUUCACAUCUCCUGCUACUAGCUGCCUUCUUGCUGCUACUCCCACCCGCUGCACCCUCACAGACACCAUGGAUCCGAGCUCCGACAUCAUACUCGACACUCCGUUCUUCCGCAUCUACAGCGACCGGCGCAUCGACCGCUUGGUCGGCACCGAUACCGUGCCGGCCGGCUUUGAUCCCGCCACCGGCGUCACCUCCAAAGAUGUUGUUUUAGACAGCAACUCCGGCCUCUACGUUCGCCUGUACCUCCCGGACACGGCUACCGGGUCUGACCGCUACUCCAAGAAGUUCCCCGUGCUAGUCUACUUCCACGGCGGCGGCUUUGUCAUCCACUCGGCAGCGUCUCCGCCCUAUCAGCCCUUCCUCAACACCCUUGCCGCGAAGGCCAGCUUGCUCAUCGUCUCCGUGAACUACCGCCUCGCGCCAGAGCACCCGCUUCCGGCAGGCUACGAGGACUCCUUCCGCGCGCUCAAGUGGGCGGCCUCUGGUAGCGGGGACCCCUGGCUAUCACAUCACGGCGACCUGGGCCGCAUCUUCCUGGCCGGGGACAGCUCCGGCGGGAACUUUGUCCACAACGUCGCUAUGAUGGCCGCCGCGUCAGAGUUGCGAAUCGAGGGCGCGGUCCUCCUGCACGCCGGGUUCGCUGGCAAGGAGCGCAUCGACGGAGAGAAACCGGAGUCAGUGGCGCUGACGCAGAAGCUGUGGGGGAUCGUGUGCCCCGAGGCGACGGACGGCGUGGACGACCCGCGGAUGAACCCCUUGGCCGCCGCGGCGCCCAGCCUGCGAAGCCUGCCGUGCGAGAGGGUGCUCGUCUGCGCGGCAGAGCUGGACUCGCUGCGGGCGAGGAACAGGGCGUACUACGACGCCCUCGCGGCAAGCGGGUGGGGUGGCACGGUGGAGUGGCUCGAGUCUAAUGGCAAGCAGCACGCCUUCUUCCUCUACGACUCCGGCUGCGGCGAGGCCGUGGAGCUCAUGGAUCGACUGGUCGCCUUCUUUGCUGGGAACUUGAAUUCGUCAUGUGUGGAUGUGACCACACAUCACACGACCACAUCCGGUGAGACCCUGAGAUGAAUGGAACAAACGAAGAUGCAGCUCAUUGCUCAAUCGAAAUAACUGAGCUCAGUCCUCAAAA